AUGCCCCCCAAGCCCGCUGAGAAGAAGCCCUCCUCCACCGCCGGCAAGGCUCCCGCCUCGUCCGCUGGCAAGGCCCCCGCUGAGGCCGCCAAGAAGACCUCCAAGGCCCCCGCCAAGUCUGGUGACAAGAAGAAGGCCACCAAGGUCCGCAAGGAGACCUACUCGACCUACAUCUACCGUGUGCUCAAGCAGGUUCACCCCGACACUGGUAUCUCGAACAAGGCCAUGGCCAUUCUCAACUCGUUCGUCCAGGACAUCUUCGAGCGCAUCGCCACCGAGGCCUCCAAGCUCGCUUCGUACAACAAGAAGUCGACCAUCUCGUCGCGAGAGAUCCAGACCGCUGUCCGUCUCAUCCUCCCCGGUGAGCUUUCCAAGCACGCCAUCUCGGAAGGUACCAAGUCGGUCACCAAGUUCUCUUCGUCCAAGUAA